CUGGCAACGCGAGUAAACAGUCGCCAUUUGUGGGAAAGAGAGGAAAAAUCGAGAAAAGUAUUGGGAAUAUUUUCUAGACGUUUUCAUGCAAAAUUGUCGGAUCUCAGUUCUUGUAAAGGGGCGAAUUCCUCUCUAAAAUAUAUAAACACUGCACUCUCCGCCUGCUCUGCUGUUUAAAUAUAAGAUGCUUGGAAUAAUCAGUGAAAACUGCGCGUAGUUUGGCUGGGUAGCAUUAGCGUUAGUAUUAGCAUUCCUGGCCUGGUGUGUUGUUAGCUUAGCACUUUUUCCACCUUCAGCACUUUAGCUGAGUUGUUGUUGUUUUUGGGGGUUUGUUUUUCUUUUGUUUUCUUUUGAAAAAAAAUGAUGAUUGAAAACCUCGAUGCCUUGAAGACCUGGCUCUCCAAAACCCUCGAACCAAUAUGUGACGCUGACCCGUCUGCGCUCGCUAAAUACGUGGUGGCCUUGGUGAAGAAGGACAAGUCGGAGAAAGAGCUGAGAGCACUAUGCAUAGACCAGUUGGAUGUAUUCCUCCAGAAGGAGACUCAGACGUUUGUGGAUAAACUUUUUGAAGCUGUGAACACAAAGAGCUACCUACCUCAGGCUGAGAUGCUGAGCUCCGCGUGCAGGACCGAGAGCCACACCCGCUCCGACAAAGACGAGCAGAAGAAAGACGAGCAGGUGAGUCGGGAUGAUGACCGGGAGAAGAAGUUCUCCAGGAGAGUGAACCACAGUCCUCAGUCCAGCUCACGUUACAGCCGAGACAUCAGGAGGAGUGAUGAGCGUAAGAAAGAUGAUCGGUCUAGAAAGCGAGAGUACGAGCGUCCUCCGCCCAGACGGGACUCGUAUCGCGAGCGCUACAACCGCCGCAGGGGGCGGAGCUACAGCCGUAGCAGGAGUCGCAGCUGGAGCAAAGAUAGAGUGCGUGACCGCGACCGAGAAAGAGAGCGUGAGCGAGACCGAGAGCGUGACAGAGAGCGGGAACGCUCCAGGACGCGCUCACGUAGCCGUUCCAGGUCAAGAAGUCGAGAGAGGGAGUCUGGAAAACCAAAGUAUGACCAUGAGCGACCAGAGGGCGGAGCCACUGAGGCCUACGUUCCCCCACCCCUAGCUUCUGCUCCUAGCUCCACCCAUUUCCCUGUACCCGCUCUCAGCAGCACCAUCACUGUCAUCGCCCCCACACACCAUGGCAACAGCACCACAGAGAGCUGGUCUGAAUUCCACCAAGACCACGUCCCGUAUGGUAGACCGGCUCCACCCCUUUCACGCAAGCGUUGUCGUGACUACGAUGAGAAAGGUUUCUGUAUGCGAGGUGAUAUGUGUCCAUUCGACCACGGCAGCGAUCCGGUGGUGGUGGAGGACGUCAACCUUCCAAGCAUCCUCCCCUUCCCACCUGCGCCACUUCCCGUCGGGGAUGGUCCGCCCCCUCCGGGUCUGCCUCCACCUCCGGGUCUACUCCCUCCUCCACCGGUUAAUCUCCGGCCCCCUGUGGCACCAGGCGGCCUCCCACCUGUCGCAGGUCCUCCUCCACCACUCCCGGCACUGGAUGCUCCUCCAAACUCCAUGACCAGCUCUGUCCCCUCCAUCGUCUCCACGUCUCGUCCUCUACUCCCUCAGCCUCCUCUUCACCUGGUCACUUCAGGCAUCCGACCCCCACUCGCACAGCCUCCACCUCCCCUCUUUACCUCGGAUUCAUUUGAACCGGACGUGUAUAACCCCGAAGCUCCUAGUCUGAACUCGCGCCCUGCGUAUAGACCCCGGGUCAACGUCCAGAGACCCAACCUCAUCGGCCUCACCAUGGGAGAAGUGGAUCUUCCUCCUCGAGAGAAAAUGCUGAACAGCAAUAAUGCACGCAUCGUUCUGGAAUCAGACUCCAGGAAGAGAGGGGCUGGCCAUCAUGAUGGAGGCAUUCCUUUGAAAAAACCAUGGUUUGAUAAGCUGAACUUCAACAAGCCCAACCAUCACGGCUACCAUAAGAAACUGCCACUUCCACUUCCUCUGCCCAACACCAAGCUGGCCAUCCGUCAGAUCCCGCCUGAGCUCAACAACAUCAGCAGACUUAACGAGCACUUCAGCAAAUUUGGGAAAAUCGUCAACCUGCAGGUUGCCUAUAACAAUGAUCCUGAGAGUGCUCUGAUCCAGUUCGAGUCUCCAGAGGAAGCAAAGCGUGCUAUUCACAGUACCGAGGCUGUCCUCAACAACCGAUUCAUCAGAGUGUACUGGCACAGAGAGGACGGGCCGCCUGGCACCCAAACACACACCCCGCCCAACGUGGGUGGGACGCAGCCUGAAGCCACCAGUCUGAAGCAGUCAGUGAAAGAUCGUCUCGGUCCUCUGCCCUCUAACAGCACAGAGCCGCUGCAGGACGCCACGCCUCCGUCACAGUCUUCACAGAGCGCCACCAGAUCGUCAGUGAAAGACCGGCUGGGUUUCUCUAAACCCGCAGCGGCUGAAGGAAAGGUCUUCUCCACCUCCACUGGACUCACGAAGACGUUUUACAACCCAGCUGCAAUGAAACCAGGACAAAAGGGCGUAGUGACAGGGACUGCCGCCAGCUCCGAGGAUGCACUGAAGAAGAAGCAGGAGGCGUUAAAACUGCAGCAGGAUGUGAGGAAGAAGAAGCAGGAGAUCCUGGAGAAGCACAUUGAUACGCAGAAACUGCUGAUCUCUAAGCUAGAGAAGAACAAGUCAAUGAAAGCGGAAGACAAAGCUCAGUUGAUGCAGACGCUGAACACUCUUACAAACAGCAUUAGCAAACUGCAGGAGGAGAUCAGGGGUCUGUCCAGCACACACACUCUGCAUAGUGGCAUCAAAACCAAGGCCCAGGAAUUGUGUGUGUGUGUUCAGGCUCAGAAGGAGUUGCUGGACACUGAACUCGAUCUUUACAAGAAAACACAAGCCGGAGAAGACACAGCUCAGCUCAAACUCCGAUACACACAGCUGCAGCUCGAGGCUGCUAAGCGGGGCAUCCUGACCCCAGGGCGAGGGAGGGGGGCCCAUGCCCGGGGUCGGGGAUCGGCACGGGGACGUGGUAGGGGCAUUAGAGGCAGACCCAGGGGAGUUCCUACCCACUCUGUUGUGGAUCAUCGACCCCGUGCUCUGGAGAUCAGCGGCUUCACCGAGGCUGACCGAGUGGAUCUGCUGCCACACUUUGCUCAAUUUGGAGAAAUUGAGGACUGUCAGAUGGAGGACUCCAGUCUCAGUGCGGUCAUCACCUUUAGAACCCGAGCAGAGGCUGAACAGGCUGCCGUUCAUGGCUUGAGGUUUAACAAUCAGGAGCUGCGUCUGUCCUGGUAUAAACCAGCGGUCUCUCUGAGCACAGCCGACGCUGACGAGGCAGAGCCUGAGGAAGAGGAGUUCCAGGAGGACUCUCUGGUGGACGACGCCCUGCUGCAGGAUGACGACGAGGAAGAAGACGACAACGAGCCACGCUCCUGGCGCAGAUGAAGAGGCCUAGCCCCGCCUCCACUGUCGCAUCAUUUCCUGUUUUCAUUUCAUUUUUUGGUCAAAUGGUUGUUUUUAAUUAAGAAUCCGUUUGUCUCGAGUAUGCCAUUCAUGUUUUAUGUAUUAGCAGUAUAACGCUGAGCCGACGUCUCCAUCAGCACUGUGCAGGAUUUCUUUUUCACAAUGUAAAAAAACCUUUUUCUGUGAAUCCACUCUAUUAGAAGUCGCGUUAAUUUUGUAAAAAAAACAAAAUCCGAGGUUUUAAUUUCAAAGAGCACAUUUUUGGGGUCACAUGUAGUACAUCUUCCGGUAGCCUUUUGAGCUAGUGUGUGUGUGUGUGUACAUAUUUUAUGUAUGAGUUUUAACGGUUUGUAUGAUUGCUUUGCUUUUCUCCCGGCUUACUCUGAACUGUCAAAAAAAUAAAGAAUUGAAAUGGUCUAGAAAAAAUAUCAGCUGAAAAAAAAGAAGCGGAAAAAAAAGAAAAGAAACGCGAGGUGCUUCGGCACUCGUUUUAAAAAAAAAAAAAGAGAGAGAGAAAAGAAAGGAAAAAAUCUAAAAAUGGCUGAAAAUAUAAAGACCAUUUCAAAACAAACCCCCCCACACCCCCAAUCCUCACAAAAAGAGCAAAAUUCCUAUUAAUUUUUUAUUUUUUUGGUCCUGAAUCUGAGAACGUGACCGGUAAGUGACGAGCUUUAAGAGGAAGGUAAGAAGUUUGCACUUUAUAAAAAAUCUAUUUAGUUCCUUGCUGCAGUAGUAAACUGACUUGUUGAUAUUUUUGUGUACAACUGAGAAGAUUUAUAUUUUAUUAAUUUGUUUUUGUGUCUCUUUCUUUUUCAUGACUGGUCCCGAGGUCGUGAAGAUCAGCACACAUCAUGGACCGUCAGACAUCACCACCACCACCACCUUCAACCUGCUUAGCCCUUCUCCUCAGUCAUAUCCUACCUCGUUUAUUCUCAGCACUAAGAGCUUUACAUGGUUUUUUUUAUGAUCCAGGAUUUGCCCUACACUUCACUUUUUAAUAGUUCGGUCAUUUGCUAGCUGUCGCAUAUCACGUGGCACAGGGGGCAGUGUAACACACUCAGAGGAAAUGAUCUCCAUGUUUUGCUAGUGUUGCUGUGAUUGAUGAAGGAGAGAGAGAGAGCAUCGAUAGCUGUGGCAUCAUCAGGACUUGGGUGGUUCUUGCAUUAGGGCUUAUGUUUCCUGUUGUAACCGUUCAUGAGCUAUGUGGAGUUGUUUUUAUUCCUCAUUUAGAAGCUUGAGUGAAGCUCGACUUGUCUCAACUGAUACUCGUUAUGAUAAAAAUGCCCACUUUAUUAUCCUUGGCUUUAUUGAGACUGAUGUCUGAUAUUCACCAAUCAGGCAUAACAUUAAGACCAGUGCCAGGUGAAGUGAAUAAGACUGAUGAUCUCCUCAUCAUGGCACCUGUUAGUGGGUGGGAUAUAUUAGGCAGCAAGUCAACAUUUUGUCCUCAAAGUUGAUGUGUUAGAAGCAGGAAAAAUAGACAAGCAUAAGGAUUUGAGCGAGUUUGACGAAGGACCAAAUUGUGAUGGCUAGACCACUGGAUCAGAGCAUCUCCAAAACUGCAGCUCUUCCCGGUCUGCAGUGGUCAGUAUCUAUCAAAAGUGGUCCAAGUAAGGAACAGUGGUGAACCAGCGACAGGGUCAUGGGCGGCCAAGGCUUAUUGAUGCACAUGGGGAGAGAAGGCUGGCCGGUGUGAUCCGAUCCAACAGACGAGCUACUGUUGAUCAAAUUGCUGAAGAAGUUAAUGCUGGUUCUGAUAGAAAGGUGUCAGAAUACACAGUUUAGGAAACGUCUAAGUGUCUUCUAGAGCACGGUAGGAUUGAGUUGUCGGACUUCAUAGCAAAACACACAUAUCUAAUCAGAUUGUUUUCUAAUCAAACGCUGGCUGUCGGACAUCUAUAUUUGUCACGUGUACAUUACAGCACAGUGUUUUUGGCAUAUCCCGGGAUGUUAGGAAGAUGCGGUCAGAGCACAGUGAAAACCCUGGAGCAGAGAGGGUUAAGAACCUUGCUGAAGGGCCCAACAGUGGCGGCGCUGGGGCUUGAACCCAUGACCUUUUGAUCACUAACGGUUGUAGCACUCUAUAUAAAGCUGCAUGAAUGUUCAUGAUGCUGAAAUAAUCAGGGAUUAGUGGAGCGAAGAGAUGAGCAGGAGACUUAAUGAUGCUGCUAAAGCAUGCACUUGUCUCUCUGUACAUGACGUCCCUCAGUAUGAAAUCGUUCCAGUCCAGGGUGUACUUGUGGAUGAUUUUUAAAAUGUUUUUGUGUUCAUAAGAACACUGGAAUUCUGCCAUUCCUGAAACAAGUUCUCUUCAAGGCCAAGCUUUUAGUAGUAUUCCAUUAUUUGGGCUUUUUUAAUAAAUAAAUCUGACGCUUGUUGCUUUUCCGACUUUUUGUUUAUUCGUCCCGUUCGACUGGUGCUCACACGAGCAAAUGUUGACGACUUGGUGCUGUUUCCUGGCCGGUUCUUCUUUUCUCUCCCACAAUUCCUUGCGGUCACAUUUGCAUGGCGCAGGAGAGGAGUGAUAACCCAAUCAGAGCGGCGGUGUGGCUCUCUCACCCGGGAGCCUGUCACCUAAAGGCAGCUAAUUGUGAGGAAUUCGAUUUGUUCUCCGCUAAAGGCCGGCUCCGUUCCAAAUUUAGGUCGUCUGGCUCAGCGAGGGGCCUUUUAAGUGGACACUAGGUCCACGCAGGACGUGCUGCUUUGUGCGCGCGCGUGCGGGGCAUUCGUCAUUCUUUUGGCCGACCUUCGACCUCAACCCGGGGUUCUAACAAGCAUUGCUGGCUCAGGCGCGCUGCAGAUUAGCGCAUUGUGAGGAAAAGUGAUGGAUAUUAAAUUAUGUUUUUUAAACACGCCUCUAUUUCCCAGCGAGCCCAGUCCCGGCCCAGCUGGAGCUUCCCAUAAUGCCGUGAUGGAUUUGUUAAGCGCCGGAGCUCAGUGUGAGCUUUGCACACGGGGGUCAGACGAGUUUCCGUCUAACUCGUUUAGCUCGGAAAAUAUUGGCUAACGAGGUUAGCGCGUGUUGCGGGGUGUCGGAUAACGCGUUUACGGCGCGCGCCUCGUUUGUUUAGGACUCUUUUCGUUUCUAAUUUGCGUCAGCAAGAUGAAUGGACGGGUCUCUUAACGAGCAAAGCGAAUGAUGUGUGACUGUGCAGCUUGUGAUCUUUGAGCGUAAUUGAUCGGGUUUUCGGUGCCACACCAGCGAGGCCCUGCGUUCCCAUCCCAGGAGUGCAACAUGGUGGCGGUGGAACGUUCGCUAAUACAGCGGGGACGAUCCGGUCGGUCUUCAUCAACGGCUCUUCUGUCUGUUUUCUGUGGAGCAGACAAAAUAUACACCAUUUCCAUUUAUUUAUUUAUUUAUUUACAACUUUGUCGCUGCUACUUUGGUGCUAAAACUGUACAUUGUUAGAAACCUGUCUAAAAAAUAUCACACAUUAUUUAACAUUCUGUUGACUUUGUCAUGAAUUUAUAAUUCUUUAUUUAUUUGUUUAACCUCAUUGUGGAAUAAAAUCCCAUUUGUUCCUCUUAUCACUUGUGUUUUCGCUCUAUUGAAGUGUACCUAACAUUAUAAAAUAUUGAAAAACAAAGCUUUUACGCCUGACUGUUACAAAGCGCUCUCUGACACUGGAGACUCCUUCCAUAAACUCCUCAGGCUUCAUUAGGGAUAAAAUAGUAACU